AUGAGCCCACCUCGAGGUGCUCCAGCCAGUGAAGGACGCGUCAGGUCUCUCUUUGCCUCCCCCCUUCCCAUCGGUCGCCUCGGUAAUGAGCUCUGGACGCCCCCCUCGGCUGUCUCUCGCCUUGCUCUGCGACUGUUCUCGCAAAAGGCCUCAGCGUCGGCCGCACACACCUACGGCCCGCUGAGCUAUCUCCUGUGCGCGCGGCGAGUACACAUCCGCCGUCUCAUUGCAAUGCGGCGGCUGCGCUCUGACCCGCGGUUCCCCUCGCGUCAAGCCCUGACACAGACGAAGCCCCGCGCUGCUGCCCCCGCUUUCCCCUUCGCCUCGCACCUCUGUCAUCUCCCUGACAACCCCCAGCGCGCGCAACACGGAAAUAAACACGUGUCGACCACCCCUCACCACCCGGCAGAAUAUUAA